AUGGAAGAAACCAUAGCCUCAUUAGGAAGGUCAGAUCAGAAAAGGCCACAUGAGUCCAGUUUGAGACAAGAUACACCUCGGGUCAAGCCAAGGCAGGACCCCUCCUCAACAUCCUUUAGCCGUUUGAACACCUCAAGAUCCAACAUUCUGAUGGAGAUCAAGGAUUCAAAGGAACUGAAGUGGUCUCCCAGAUUGCAGUCUCCACCCGAUACUCGUGAUAAGAGUAAUUACUGUGAUUUCCAUAGAGAUCAUGGACAUACAGUGGAAGACUGUUUCACCUUGAAGCGAGAGAUUGAAGCUCUUAUAAAAAGAGAAUUUUUGGGCUCUUACAUUAGCAAUGACAAGCGCCCAAGGAAUAAUCAGAACAGAGACAAGGGCCCAAAGGAGGACAUCACUUUUGGAACAAAAGACUUGGAAGGCAUAACAUUCCCUCAUGAUGAUGCUCUGGUCAUAUCGGUCAUCAUCGCCAACUUUGAAGUCAAGAGAAUUCUGGUAGACAACAGAAGUGCAGCUAAUGUACUGUCUCAUGAAGCCUUUGUUCAAAUGGGGAUCUUAUCGGAGUAG